ACGAUAGCUCGCAAACCACUGAAAUUGUGAUCUUCCACUACCGUGUUAGAAAAAGCACCAUCACCAAUUCACCAUCAUCAGCGUCAACUCGUUCCUCCUCUUAUCGAACACUUCAAAUACUAAAUACAAUAAGCUAUAAUUGAAUUAUCCACGUUACAAAUAAUCACUUCUUCCUCACCGUGUUUUAAGCUCUUCUUCAUAUUCAUAGAUAGUGCGCAGAAAAUGGAAUCACCUACUUUCGUUUCAAAAGCAAGGACAGCCUUUCAUUCCGCUGCUGCAAAAGCGGAACGUGUUCUUCUCGACUUCAAAUCAGAUCGAGAUAAACAAUCUCCUAAUAGCUUCACAACGCAAUCUGGAAUUGAAUCUCCAAGCAGCAGCGAGAACGAAUCUAAGCUUCGUGGUGUACCGAAGCAUCCUAUAAAGUCGAGACCGAAGAAUAUAGGGAUAAAACAAGAUUGGCAAGAGAAGUUUAGGAAUAUUCGGAUAGGGAGAAAAGAAGUUGAAGCUGAAGAUACAGAUAAAGUUGGGGAUGCAAACAUGGCAAUUCCAUUUUAUGAUGAAAAUUUGUAUAUUUUGAAUGUGAAGAAUGAUCUUGAAGCUAAGGCUUCAGAAGUAAUUCCAUCUGUAGAAGCCCUAAAUGCUGCGAUUAAAGAUCCCAUUGCUGCGUCCUCUGUGCUGAAGCAAUUGGCUAUAGCUGUUGAGGCUGGAAGUAAGACAAAGUCCAUGAAAGAUUUUAUAUCUUCAUCAGGAAGUCCUUCACAUGCAAGAGAUAGGGUAGGCUUAAGUCUCUCUGUUAAGGCUUUAGUGUUACGUGAAAAGGAGGAUAAACUUACCUCUGAGUUUAGUAGGGACGAGAAAGUUGUGCUUUUGAUCAAUGCUCUUUUUGAUCCAGAGGAAGAUUUCCUUAGAAGGAAGAUCGAUUCGAAUCCAGAGGAAAAUGAUAUAACAUCUUUGGCAAGAGAUAUUCAUGGUGCUCCUCCUGAAAGUCUUGUUGUAAAGUUGGCCGAAAUUGUUGGAAACUACAAGGCCCUCCGAAAAAUGGCUCUGUUCUGGUGCAGCAUUGUUGCUGAACUGAGAAAAUUUUGGUAUGAAGAACAAUAUAUACCUGGAGUCCCUCAGAAUGAGAUUCCAGACCUGAAAACAUGUCUUCUGAACCAACACUUUCAAGUAAUUAAUUGCUGUAUUUCUCGGAAGAGGCUCCGUAUCGUUGCGACUGAAUCUCUAGACUCUAUGAUGAUGCAAGCUAGUUCAAGCAUUAAAGAAUCAGCCAAUGAUGAUGAUGGAGUUCCUGCAAGCCCUGUUUUAUAUGCCAGAUUAAAUACCGGAGAGCGUGUUCUUCGACUUGGUGCUAAUUGCCCCUCUGGUGAUUUGACUUUGUUGGAAACUGGCGAGCCUGUGUACUCUCCUGUCACACAGGAAGGACCUUUGCUUACAGAAGAUUUAAUCAGAGAAACAGAGGAGUUUGUGCUGUGGACUGGGAGUGUUGGCGCUGGCUGCUCGCAACUGCUCUCAGAUAUGCAGGCUUUCAAGGCUGCGAAUCCUGGAUGUAUUUUGGAGAAUUUUGUAAGAUGGCCCUCACCUCCUGAUUGGAUAGACAAUGAGGCUAGUAUUGAGGACAGUGAUGUUUUUGACAGUGGCGAGUCAUUGUCGACCAGAGGCCAACUAAGUCGGCGUAUACAAAAAGAAGGAUUAUUGGUGCCUCUUUGCAAAAAGGCUAUGUCUAGCACUUUCUAAAUCAAAAUAUCAAUUUCGGAGUUUUACGUCGAAAAAACAUUAAGCACAUAAAUAAAUCGUCAACAUAAACAAAAUAGAGAUAUAUAUAACCAGCCAGAUUAAAAGAUUACACUAGAGUCAUAACUAACUAAAUCUAAUCCUAAUAACAGGGAGAAUUAAUUACACAAAGCAACGUUACAAUACACAACUAGAAGAGAUGGAAAACUGACAUCGAUGAUUCCGCCGCUCCUCUUUUGAUCACUCUCUGCCUCCAAGGAAUUUUCUUCCUUCCCCCACUGGUUCAUUGAAGCCUUGCGUGUUUGUAAGAAUGAAUGGAAUGGCUACUGAACCCUUUUAUAGGAUUUGAAACUUAACAAUUAAGUAUGCAAAGUCUUUGCUAUUAAGAAACAUCAAAGUGGUGGGUGACUACUUGGACCACUUGACCGCCUCUUUUCAGCUUCUACUUUCUUCUUUUUUUUUGUUUGUUUUACACCUGUUAUGUAAAUAUAUAUAAAUGCAAUAAUAAAUAUAACUAAUAAAAUAAUAUAUAGUAUCUAUUAUAAAUUA